AGGUCUUCGCGCUUACUUACAUAUCGUUGUAACUGAUAGUUUCCGAUGAAUAUCUUCCGUAUGAGAUCAAUUUUCAAAGCGAGUGUACAGUUUUAUAAUUGAUUAUGAAAAUUGAAUAUUCUUUGAAAAGACAAUCUAAUUUUUCGAACAAAUGACGCACGACGACAGAAACUAUCAUAUAGAAGUAUGGCAAUAAAAUAUUUAUCUAAAAAGUAACCGCCCUAUUGGAAUUUUCUUGGAAAUGUCUAGUAGACGUAGAAACGAUAACCUAGUGGACGAUAGAUAAUUGAGCGAUUACAGUUGAAUAAGACAUAAUACGAGAAAUAAAAAUACACAAUUUGUUACUAUGUAGGAAGAAAGAAACGGAACGUAUUCAUGAUUACGUGAAAUUGUUUGUCUACAUUUCGUGAGGAUGAAGGCAUCGCGCAGUAAAGAUUUUGCUUACGCGAUGACUCCGUUGAAGAUCCUGUCGUGGCCUGUUGGUACCUGGCCUCUUCAAGAUUACGAUAUCUUCUCUGCCACGCGUGCGAUAAUCGCAAUUUCACUUUUGCUGUUAAUGUUAACCAUCCUGCAUAUUGAAAUGUAUUUGGAUAGCAGCGAUGCCGAGAAGAAUCUAGACGGUCUAGCAUUAAUUACUUGCGGUAUUUUGGCGGUAUCAAAGGUCAUCCGUUUUCGUAUUCGGCCUGGUGGCCUUAUCUCGAAUUUUACCUCGGCUGUUAAGGAUUAUGACGAACUGAAAGAUCAAGAGAAACGAGUGAUAGUGCGAAGACACGCUUACAUGGCCAGGCUGGCGUGUGGCAGUGUGAUAUCUUUCGCGUAUUUCACCUCGACCAUCAUGAUGACUCUGCCUAUGUUGGUUGAGGAAGAAGAUGAAGGUAUCGUUAACGUGACAGAAGAAAGUAUACCGAGCUACCCUAUACCUUCCGAGUACGUAAUGGCAAUUAUACAAUUGCCGGACAAUUUGUAUUUCAUUGUUUUCAUCGUCGAAUACUUGAUGCUGAUAUUCCUGAGUACUGGAAAUCUAGGGAGCGAUUCCUUGUUCUUCGGUAUCAUUUUUCACCUGUGCGGUCAGAUAGAAAUUCUGAGGCUUGAGUUCGAUAGGUUGAACAACGAGAACGAAAAAGCAAUGGAACAUUUCACCUCAUUAACCAAGAGGCAUAUUUACUUGCUGAAGUUAGCCAAAAUGCUGAGCGAGACGAUAAGCUCCAUCUUGGCUAUGCAACUAUUCACGAGUUGUAUACUUAUUUGUACAAGCGGACUUCAAUUUAUUAUCGCUCUGAAAAUUGGAAACAUCGUCAUGACAAUAAAGACAUUUAUAGUAUCGACCACGCUACUGCUGCAAUUAUUUGCAUACAGCUACGUGGGCGAAUACUUAAAGCGACAAAUGGAAGGCGUCGGUAACUCGGUGUAUUUCUGUAGCUGGUACAAUAUACCAAAAUGUGUGGCAAAAGAUAUUAUUUAUGUCAUUAUGAGAGGUCAAGACCCAGUUUUCCUGAGGGCUGGAAAAUUCUUUGUUGUUAAUAUGGAAACAUACAUGAGUAUUAUAAAAACUUCUAUGUCGUAUCUCUCAGUUCUACGGGUAAUGAUAAAUGCUUGAGACCUUAUAUAAUAUAGAAAUCUAGGAAGUUAUGUUAAUCGAAUAAUGUACAAUAAAAUAUUUAGUGUUAUUAAAAUAUUUGGUGAUUCAAU